AUACUUCAAAUAUAUUUUUCUCAUAUUAAUUCAUAGGGGUGUCAAUAUUAGUGGAGGGCACUGUAUGCGCCAAAGUAUUCACCCAUUCAUGUCUUGCAUAACAAUUUCCUUUAUAAAUCUAUAUAAACCACACAUACUAGAGUAGAAACACUUGAUUGUGUGACAUUUUAAAAAAUUAAAAUCAGACCUGCAUUUGUUAUGUCGCCCACACUGGUACUAUUUUAUUUAUAAAUCAAUAUGUAGCUUGUUACAUAAUUAUUUGUCAUCGAUAAUCUCUGUUUAAAAAAAAAAAAAAAAAAAAAACCCAUUACAAUCUUGGCUCAAAGGACGUUAUUCAACAUCUUGUUCCCCUUGGUAAGUCUGAGCCGGGGAAAAAGGUUUAAAUUUUAAUGUCUCAACAAUGUGGACCAACUUACUCACGGUGCUCCCUUCACUGAUUGAAUUUAUGGGGCUUACUUUGAGUAUAAAGUAAGUAUAGCCAUGUUGGAAGUUGCUUCUGUAAUAUUUGAUUGUAUAUUACCAUGUAUUUUUUUUUUUCUGAUCUGCUGUUUAUUUAUUUAUUUUCUUAAUGUGGGGAAUUUUUCUUAACGUGUUAACUAUUGUCGUGCUUUUGCGGCCGUCCUGGCCAGGUCACUCUCGUAAAAGCGAUAUUAUCUCGAUGAGUUUUUAUCCUGGUUAAAUAAAGAUUGCACACGAACAAACAGAAUUUGCACUGAACUCCACUUCCCACAAUGCACCUACAACCAUGGACACCUUGAACUACAACAUCCACACACCACGUUCGUUAUCGUUCAUCAUUUUCAUAUCAUUCAUCUUGACCUUUGAUACCAUGCCUGCUACCUGACAAAAAUGCAGGGGUAUGAACAUGUACUCAUGUUAGAUUUAUGGAUUCAAGGGUUCCUGUUAGAUUUUAAACUGAAAAUAACAAUAACAAUUGAUUUUCUUACAAUUGAUUAAACAAUAAAGAUAAACAUUCCAAACGGUUCUUUACGUCUUUCUCUUGAAAAUGUCUUUACACUGAAAUAAUCAUUCUAACAUCGUCUAAAGACUAGAUUUUGGAUUCUUUAAAUAUCUAAAUUGUAUGCAUAUUUCAUACUUAACAUUUCAACAGAAACAACCUUUAGACACCAAAUAUUCAACACCCAACACUUUCCUUCCUUCCUUGUGUUCUUUCUUUUAGAAAUGCACGUUUCUUUAGAACUCCUUCCUUCCACCCAUCCAUCGUUUCCUUUCUUUUCUUUGAUUUUUGCGCUUUCUUUUACACAUGGGUUUCUUUAGAAACGCUUUCUUUAGAAACACACCUUUAUUUCUUGCUUGUUUAAAAUGUAUUUAAACAGAGACCUUGUUUUCCAUUCGAAUUCAGCACUCAUAGUCUGUAGAUGGGACCGAAAAGUAUUGUGAUAAAAGCAGUAAGUGUAUGAGCUUCUGCUUCUGCAGGAAAUUGAGGAUUAAAUGCCCAUUACACGUUGCUGUGCAGACAGCACUGCUCCACAGGUGUAGGGUUGGAUGCAACCUGAUAGGCGUGUUACAAAUGAUCAGGAGACGUCAGACUGCUGAAACACACCUGUUGGCCUCGAUUUCUACAGCGGUCAGGCUGCCAGAAUGAAUCGGAAGGUGCUGGAGAGCAGAGCGAGCAGUUAGACACUCCCGAUGCUCGUCUUCAAUGGAUAAGUGCGUGAUCAAAUUCAGUCACUGUGACAAAGAUAUUUUUUGUUUCUUCGUGCCAGAGGAAUGCCCCGAGUGUGGCACGAGCUUCAGUGGGAGAAGGCUGGAGGAGGCGCCCAUCAGCAUCCCCAACCCCUUCACCAACGGCCACAAAACCCCCUGCGCUUUCCUCAUCGCUCCGGCACAGGAAAACACGCUCAGAGAAUAUGAUGGUGGAUCAGAUCUGCACACUGGAAUUACUGACACCAAUGGUGUUGUGUAUAACUACACUAAGUGUGGCGUGCGGAGAGACCGUGAGGGCUGGGAACACUGCGUCAGCAUCAUGUUGGUCCAGCCUGACAUGUACAAUCUCAUCAAUCAGUGGGAUCAGUACCUGGAGAAAUUCUCCUCAGCCCAGAUGUGGGAUCCACUCUGGCAAAGCUUCAAUGAGGAGAACCACAACUGCUACAGCUACACGCUGAUGUUUAUAAACUGUGUGCUGGCCAUGCAAUCCAAGCGAACACUCAGCAAAGACGAGUUCACGCAGACUUUCAUUCUUCCACGCGUCAAAAGGGCUUCCAAGUACACCAUGCUGUGUCAGGAGAUAUCCCUGAACCACUUCUACAUCGUGGACAGUCCAAAGAGAGACUCACAGGAAGGACAGAAUGAUGAAGAUAAAGAUGGGAAGAGCAAGACUUGAUUUGAAUUUUGAAUGAAAUAAACACUUAUGCAGCUUCAUGCCAGUCAAAACUAUGACUCGGUGGAAUAUUGAUAUUGAAUCUGACCCAGAUCUUUCAAUAUCCUACUACUAAUAAUCUAUAACAUAGUAAUACAAGUAUGUUAAAAGAUUCAUAUCAGAAACCUAUGUAUCCACUUGUCUGAAAUGAGUCAUGUGUACGCGAGAAAACAUUCAUUCUACUUAUAUAAGGUACCAAACUCCACAAUAAUCCGAGGAGCUUGCAGUUUUUCAAAAUGGCCGCAGAUUUUCGCCAAGGUGCGUCGUGUGAUGUCAUCACAAUGCAUGUUCAGCCUCAUUUACCAACAAACCUCACUGCGAAAGACUGCAAAAUAAUUUUGUGCAAUUGCAAUUUCGCCAGCACCAAGAAUGUGCAAAUUUCAUCACCAUUUAAAAAAAAAAAUCCGCAGCAGAAUCGAGUAUUUCUGGCCGCAACGAUCACAAAUAAAAUCCUGUGACAUCCUGUAUGGAUUAAUAUCGGCUUGACUAUUCGACGCUACAACGCUAACCAAUCGCACCAGCAAGCAAGAGAAUCUGCUACCACUGGCGUUUAUGGAUGUGGCGUGUCCACAAAGAAAUAAAAACCAUUCGAGUGUAUAAUUGAUGCAUAUUACAUGCGAAUUCUAAUAUUGUAA